CUCAGUAGCGGGGGGCACGCCACUGUGCACGCAAGUCGUGCGGAAUAUUUUGCUUUUUUUUGGCUUGGUCGAUCGGGUAGUGUCCUCGUUCUCCUUUCAUUGUUUGGUUUGUCACAAUGGGCAAAGCAGAUUUCCUCAGUCCCAAGGCGAUAAGCAACAGGAUAAAAGCCAAAGGUCUUCAGAAGUUGAGAUGGUAUUGUCAGAUGUGUCAAAAGCAAUGCCGGGAUGAGAACGGUUUCAAGUGUCACUGCAUGUCUGAGUCCCAUCAGAGACAGCUGUUAUUAGCUUCGGAAAAUCCAAACCAGUUCAUGGAUUAUUUCUCAGAGGAGUUCAAAGGUGAUUUUUUGGAGCUGCUCAGAAGACGCUUUGGAACCAAACGAGUGCACAACAACAUUGUCUACAAUGAGUACAUCAGUGACAGGGAGCACAUCCAUAUGAACUCCACACAGUGGGAGACGCUUACAGACUUUACCAAGUGGCUGGGUAAAGAAGGUUUUUGCAAGGUCGAUGAGACGCCCAAAGGAUGGUACAUCCAGUACAUCGACCGUGAUCCAGAGACAAUUCGGCGACAAGAAGAGCAGGAGAAGAAAAAGAAGCAGGACCUGGAUGAUGAAGAGCGAAGCGCCAAGUUUAUUGAGGAUCAGGUCCGGCGAGGCCUUACUGGCAAGGAGCCAGAGGAAGCUCCAGUGUUCACAGAGCUCAAGCGAGAAAAUGAAGAAGAGAGAGUUGCCUUCAACCUGGCCACCUGUUCCUCUGGAGCUGGCCCUUCAAAACCAAGCACUGUCCUGGGUUUAAGUGCCCUGAAAGCAGGAGCUUCAUCCAAAAGGAAAGAGAUAUCUUCCCAUCCAGAGUCCAAGGAGAAGAAGAAGAAAUCUGCCCUGGAUGAGAUCAUUGAGAUGGAGGAGCAGAAGAAGCAGUCGGUCAGAACGGACUAUUGGCUGCAGCCGGACAUCGUCGUCAAAAUUGUCACGAAGAGACUGGGAGAGAAAUACCACAAAAAGAAGGCAGUCAUCAAGGAAGUACGGGACAAGUACACAGCCGUGGUGAGAGUGAUCAGCUCCGGAGACAAACUGAAACUGGACCAGAGUCACCUGGAGACGGUCAUUCCUGCACCAGGUAAACGGGUUCUGAUCCUGAACGGCCAGUACCGGCAGACAGAGGCCAUGUUGGAUGGCAUAGACGAGAAGAACUUCUGUGCUACGCUCACACUUGAUUCUGGUCGAAUGAAGGGAAAGACGGUGGCUGGGAUUGCCUACGAAGACUUCUCAAAACUGGCUUGACCCCGCAGACAUCUUUUUUUUCUUUUUUUUUUUAAAUAGACCAGCUAACUGGUUAUAGGACUCUACUGUGUCUGAGUACCUUCCCUGAGGUACACCUCUACACCUGUAUGUACAUAUCCCAAACUGCAUCUCAUGCGGACUUAUUAUGGUACGCUUCAGUACCCUGAGAUCCGUUUGUUUUAAUUUUUCUGUGUGUUGUCAUUCAAAUCGUUUUUCACAAUUACAAAGAGUAAUUCCUCUUGA